AUGAUGAGCGCAGUAAGAAGCCAGUUCUAUAUUCCUGGUUUAAAAAGAACAGUCAAGAAAUGCGUUCAUCAUUGUCUAACCUGUGUUCGUUACAAACAACAAGUGAAAUCGCAAAUAAUGGCUGCACUGCCAAAAGAGAGAUCCACUCUCUCAUUACCGUUCUCACAUACGGGUGUCGACUUUGCUGGUCCAUUUCAGAUCAAAGCCAUUCAUUUAGAAGCUUGCUCUAGUUUAACAUCAGAAGCAUUUCUAGCUGCUUUUGCACGAUUUAUAGCUAGGCGAGGAUUGCCAAAAUCAGUUAUGUCGGACAAUGGUACAAAUUUCAUAGGCGCUAGUAAGUCAUUGCUAAAGGAGUAUUCGUUAUUUCUUAAACAAUCCUCCAAGGAUAUAACAGAUAAAUAUGCAAUUAAUGGACUUGAGUGGAAGUUCAUUCCACCUAGCGCCCCGCAUAUGGGAGGUUUAUGGGAAGCUGGCGUUAAAAGCUUCAAAAUCCACUUCAGGAAAAUUGCAGGCGCACAUAAAUUUAAUUUUGAAGAGUUCUCUACUCUGCUUGCGCGAAUAGAAAGUGUUCUAAAUUCACGACCAAUAUCACCGAUGUCAGAAGACCCAGAUGACCUGCAGGCCCUUACUCCGAGUCAUUUUCUGCGCGGUGCACCUUUGGUAUUCGCGCCAGAAAUACCGCCUGACAAUUUGUCGUUAUUGAAUCGCUGGGAACGACUGAAAGCACUCCAUCAUAAAUUUGGUCAACGAUGGAAAAAUGACUACCUUCAGGAGCUACACAAGAGGUACAAAUGGCAGAAUCCACGACGGGAUCUACAGACUGGUGAUUUCGUUAUCAUCAAGGAUGAGCUUCUUCCUCCAUGCGACUGGAGGUUAGGCAGAAUAGAAGCCGUACACGUUGGUCGGGAUAAGCGCGUAAGAGUCGCUGAUGUUAGAACAUCUAGUGGCGUCGUGACCCGACCAAUAGUAAAAUUAUGCAUGCUCCCGUUAUGUGAAAAGUCUGUAGAUUAG